AUGAUUUACUAGCGAGGAUUUUUUCUAUUCUAUUUUAAAUCGCUGGCAGUAGGCAUUGACUGGCUUUAUGCGAACAACUCACUUUGGAGAAACAAGACAGUCGGCGUCCUCACCGAAUCUCACUGCUAGAACAUUUUCAAGUGAUAGUGAAGUCUCAUUGGACUCCAGCCAGGUUGAAGAAAAGCUUUCUCCACUGAAGUCGAUAAGGAGACGUUUAGGAAGACAUCUUUCCAGAAACAAAAUUCGGAAUUCACCAAAGACAGACUCAAGUCUAUUUUUUGUUGCUGAGGACUCAACGUAUCACUUGCCUUCAGAAUCUGACUUGUCCAGCAAUGUACUGUCCUCUCCAAGUGACUCUGAAAGGGAAGGAAGGUUUGAUUCGAAGCCUUCAGGAGAGAGUGUCUUUCGAAGACACGAUGUUGCUCAACUUAUAAGGUCUCGUUCUCUCAGUACUCUAAAUGCCUUGCAAGCGGCACGUCAAGCUAAUCGAAAGGCGGUGGACGAUUUUUCGAAGGUGAUGAAGAAUGUGAAAACCUUUACUAAGAAAGAGUUUCAAGUUGCAAAAGCGGAGGCAACACAAUUUAUUUCUAGUCCACACUUGUUAUUUGAACCUUUAAGAUUGUCGUUGGCUUUAUUAUUUCCGUUCAUUGUUCCUUUUGCAUUUGUGCCGUGGCUAAAGCUCCUCUUGUAUUAUAUGUUUCUAUUCGUUUGGUAUAUUGUGCUUGUUCUUAUAUUUGCUUCAGAAGUUGCUAUGAGACCGCCAUGGUAUCGUCCUGGAGAUAUGAAGAAUGGUCUAAGUAUGAUUGGCUUACCGGACUAUUGGCAAGGAGUUUGUCAUGACCCAAAAUAUGAUUUGGGACUCGACUAUGAAAAGGUCGAAUUCUACAAUUCUCAGAAUAAGAUUCUGCGAGGAUGGUUUGUUUGUGCGAAGAAGCCAAAAAAGUGUAUGGUUGUUUGUGUUCAUGGGGCUGGAAGAGACAGGAGAGCAUUUUUAAGGCAUACAGCAAUGUUGCAUGCUGCAAAUUUUGAUGUAUUGCUUUUUGAUCUUUCGGAACAUGGCUUAAGCGAUGGCAGUGGAAAGGGUUUUGCGUUUGGAGUUCGUGAAAAGUAUGAUGUCAUUGCUGCAGCACGAUUUCUUAGAGAACAGAAAGGCGCAGAGUGUAUUGUUUUAAUGGGAACUUCAGCUGGUGCUUCAAGUGCUAUUUUGGCUGCAGCACUGAUGCCUUCCAUUGUGGAUGCCGUUGUUGCGGAAAAUCCAUUUACUAGGGCAACUGACUUGUUUUGCUAUCAUCUUGAACUGUUAUUUGGCAAUUAUCUUCCCAAAGAUAGUUAUCAUGUAGCCAGAAGACUUUUGUUCUUAUUGGCAAGUCGGGUUUUGCUGUUUCGUAUAGGACAAGGUAUCCGUGAUUAUGGGGCAGUUGAUGCUGCCAAAGAUCUAGUUUGCCCGAUUCUCGUGCUACAUGGUACUUCCGAUGAAAUCGUUCCAUUUGAACAUGGUAAACGUAUCUUUGAAGCGGCUCCGGAACCAAAAGCUUUUUUUGAAGCAAGAGACGCAGUACAUUGUGCACUUUUCGAUAAAGAGCCGGAAAAGUAUAGGUCUGCAGUAAUAGGCUUUUUACGUCAAAAUUUACCAAAUUGCUUCUGAAGACUUGUACUGGAAUACAUAACAAGCUUUGCUUAUGAUGCCAUUCGAAGAGUCGUGAAAUCCGGACAUUAGAUUUUAAUAAUAUUG